GGUCAGUCCAAGCCAUAACCCUAAAACUUAUAGUCUCUCAUCACUUCUUCUUCGUUUUUCACUCGACCCUUAAGAGAGAGGCUCUCAGCACCACUACCCCUCACCAUCUGCACAACAACUUCUUCUUCUUUCUCCAUCCUCCAUAAUCAUCUAGGAGUUGCAGGAUUCUUCUUUUUCUUCAACAAUGGUAACGACAGGGGAUGAAGUAAUCAGUCAAGAGAUGACCCAGCUGAUGACUGAUGUUUUAUAUGCUGCACCACCUUCAACAUUGUUAGAGGAGGCUGAAUUACUAAAAAAGUGCAAACGGGCUAUCGAUGCUGUGCAGAAACUCGAGAUAGCACUUUCCUGGCAGGUAUGCUUUGCCUAUAUUCACAAAAGAAUGGGACGGCCUCUAGAGGAACAAAAGCUCGUGAAACUCGCGAUGGAUGUUGCUGAUAAGUUGGCCAAAGAUCCAGAUGAUACUUUCAAUGGAUUAGUGCAUUAUCUUUUUAACUGUAUAGGUUAUGGUGUUGAUGUCUUAGCUGCUUGCUAUACACGGCUUCUUAAUGAGAAAGAGGAAGAGAAGAAAAAGAAAGAGAAAGACAAGGUUAAUGAGACAGAGAAUGAGAAAGACAAGGACAUUGAGCUCCUGUUAUUGCGUCUCUUCAGAUGUAAUGUCUAUGAAUGUGAUUACCCUGCGCAGCGAAAGACGGCAGGCAUAUUGCGUAGGAUUUCCCAAACAAAUGAAGAAUUAGCAAAGCAUAGACUCUGGGAGGCUUGUAGUUAUAUUCAACAGGUACCAAGAGAGGCGGCACUACUUAAACCUCAUGAGAGAACAAGACAGUUGGAAUCAACAGAUGAGUCACUACUUAAACUAGCAAAAGCCUGUUUUGAAGAGUCGUCUAAGAAAAUUGAACUGAAGGAACCGGAUGCCCUUCUCUUCAUUUCGAUGCUAGAAAAUCUGGAGGAAUAUAGCGAUGCGCUUAAAAUCCUCAAAAAGUUGCCACCUAAAGAUGAGACGCAACGCAUAAAGGGACGGCUUCUUGCUCUUCAAAAGAAUUAUUCUGAUGCUACUGCGGUCUUUCAGGGGUUACUCGAGAAGGGCACUAAUGAUUGGAAGUGCUUCUUAGACUAUCUGGACAGUUUGUUGGAGGAUGCCAGCAGGUGGUCUACUAGGACCGAAGAUGAUCAAGCUCUUCCAAGACCUUUGUCUAGAGAAAAAUUAGAAACUGCAUCCGCUUUUGUGAAAAAAUUGCAGCAGUCGACUGUCCCUUACUGGGCAGAUAUCGAAAUUGAGUUCAGGAAAUCAUUUCUCGACGGGGUUAUUAGGCAUGAUGGGAUGCAGUUGCCUAUUUGCAAGUACUUUGACAGAUUCGGUCACUUGCCUACCUUCAUCUCUGAUAUUGAGAAGUUCCUCGAAGUCUUGGUCCUGGAAGAAAGGAGAACAUUAUGUGGGUGUCUUCAAACAUAUCUUGGGGAGGAUAAUGACGAGUCGCAUAGUAUUCUGAAAACGAUUACCUUCUCUGGCAUUGAAGAAUGGUUUGGGUUCCCGUUUGAGUUAUCUAUCAAGGAUAUUGCAACAAGAAAUUUAAAGAUAGGAGAUACGUAUGUUAAAAAUCUUCAAUACAAAGAGUACCUGGAUUUCAGGGAGGGACAAGAUCUCUACAUGGCAUGUAAUGCGCUGGUGCAGUUGUUCUGGCGCACCAAGAAUGUUGGUUACCUGGUGGAAGCAAUCAUGGUUCUGGAAUUCGGCUCAGAAGAACCACAGAUCCUGUUGGCAGUUCACAACUUCAUUGAUGCACUUAUACACUUACAUCGGCGCGCUACCUUUGGCCCUUGAAAGGUACCAAGCCCUGAAUGUAAAUAACAUCCUAUGGGAAACAUUCUGGGAGCAUAUAAUGCCAGGAAUGUUGGCGUCACCACAUUUGGAAGAUUUAGGUGGCGUCUUACGCCUUUAUUCAGGUUUUAUGGAUCACCAUCUUUCUGAUGUACGGGAACGCACCUUUGACGCGUACGCCACUGGUGAUCACGCACUUGCAAUCAAGUUGGGUUAUUUCACGAGGCGGCUUAAGACAUCUCAUCAGUAUGUGAUAUCAGAAGUUGAAAGCAUGGUAUUAGAGGUGAAGCA